AUGUUCAAUGAACUGGAAUAUGUAUGGAUGGCCCUUUUUGGUGACUGUGUAGUCCCAGAGCUCCGACACAAUGAACACAUUUUGAACUCGUCAAUUGCAGCCGAGUUUUCGUCGAUUGAACGUGACGGAAUCGGGACAAGAAAUGAUGAAGCAAAACUUUACAGUCUAAAGAAGGUGUUACAGGUCAUUCUGGACAACGCUGACUCGGAACUGACCGAGGUGGCAGUGGAGGCUGUUUUCAGAGCAAGAGAAGAACUUGUGAACGUGUUCAAAAAUGUCUCACAAACUCAAGGAUUUAGUGAAAUGCUUAAAGAUGCUAUAAAAUUGAUCAUUAUAGACGCACUCAAUCGCAAAGUCAAGGAGCGCAACCCAGAAUUCACGACGGCUACAACCGACCUCAGCAACGUAAAAGCUGCAAGGGGAUAUUUCGAGAAGUCAGCUCAGCUCAAAGACCUCUUGAGAGAUAUCAAACGGCUGGACGAAAACAUAGAAGGGACACAACGAAACAUUCAACAGAUGAAAGCCACUUUACACGACGUUGAUGAGUACAUAAUGGCACUUCAAAACAAGGAAGGAUCAUAA